AUGCUAGAGAGGACCCUGGAGGAUGCCACCUGCUGCCAGCACAUGGAAAACAAAUGGAAACAGAACCAGGGCAAGGCCUCUGAGGUGACAGACAAGUGGGACCCCCAGCAACCACUUCCUCUCCAGGUUGUUAUCGUUUCUGGAUUUGUGCCUGCAUGGAAGGAAGGAAUCUUACAUCUCGGCAAGGUGAAACGUCUCGGUGCAUGGCCGGUGCCCUCCCGCAGGACUGGGAGGCUCCAGACUUCACCCGCAUGUUGCAAUGUAGUUAUUGCCUCUCGUAAACUUGACAGAUUACAAGAUGCUGCAAAAGAGUUGGCUGUUAACAUCUCUUCCACAGAUCCAAUCAAAGUGACCCCCAUACAGUGCAAUAUCCGCAUAGAAAAGGAGGUGGAAGCAUUGGUGAAAUCCACAUUGGAUUUGCAUGGCAGGAUCGAUUUCCUGGUGAACAAUGAAGGAGGCCAGUUCCCUAGUCCUGCUGAAGCCAUCAGUUCAAAGGGCUGGAAUGCUGUCAUUGAAACUAAUCUUACUGGGACCUUUUACUGCUGCAAGGCAGUGUACAAUGCUUGGAUGCGGGAGCAUGGAGGAGCCAUUGUCAACAUUAUAGCGGACAUGUGGAAAGGGUUUCCUGGCAUGUCACAUACUGGAGCAGCAAGAGCUGGAGUAGAUAACCUAACCAAGAGUUUAGCCAUAGAGUGGGCCCACAGUGGAGUGAGAAUCAACUCUGUUGCCCCUGGAGUAACAUUUUCAGAAACUGCUGUUGCACACUAUAAAGGUAUUGGUGAAGAGAUGUUUAAAGGCUUCAUUAAAAAAAUUCCUGCUAAGAGACUAGCAGUUCCUGAGGAGGUCUCCCCUAUAGUCUGUUUCUUGCUGUCUCCUGCUGCGUCCUUUAUAACUGGGGAAACUGUGAAGGUGGAUGCAGGUCAAAGCUUAUAUUCCUGCAGUUGGGAAAUACCAGAUCAUAACAGGUGGCCUUCAGCACCAGAAGGAGACAAUACCAAGGCACUCAGAAAAAUUAUUUCUGGCAAGACUGCAUCAAAGCUAUGAAGAAAUAAGACUCUACCUCAUCGCCAAUGGAAAUGUGGUCAAAAUCUUGCUCUAAAUCAAGUGAAUAAAAAGCCAGGAGAGGAAGAUACUCUCCAUGGACAUUAGUGUAGGCAAUGUCAAAGUGAUUGAAAGAGAAAUAUCCGUAGCUUCUAAUGAGUAGCAAAUGUGCGCUGAAGUCCUUUUUCUGGAUGUGUUUGGAAAGAAGGGAGUUGGAAUCUAUGGGGAAUGUUAGUUUCUGCACAGAAAUAGCAUUCUGGGCUGUCUCAGUAACCUUUCAGUCAUCUUCUGGGUAUAUAGCACUUCCGCAACUCAGCUCAUAGCUUGAGCUGUCCAAGAAUAAUUAUAACAGCUAAUUGAAGUGCACACGCAACUGAACUGCACUGUUGGAAUGAGGCAGUUCUAUCUGGAACAAUCACAGCAUGAUAAUACAAUCAAUACUUCUGUAUCUUUCAAAAUCAAUAAAACAUACAAAGUUGAGACAUCGA